AUGGCUGGGAGCCGGGGAAAUGGAACAGGAUGGGGCCAGGUCACUCCACUUCCCAUUGAAGAUUUUCUGACGGAAGAUGACAUUUACUGCAGCUGCCUCUCCAAGACCCUGCUGCACACCUCCACGCCCGUCACCAUCGGCUUUUUCGCUCCCUCCGGAUUUCACUCGCUGCUGGACCGCAUUACAGCCUACAUGCUCGAAGAAUCCCUUCGGCGGGAAGAAGAGGAGCGGAGAAAAUCACACCAAAAGCCGAGGCGACCCAAAGGCUGGGGCUACGUCCUUCUCCUAUGGUAUCUGACCUUCUACCAGCCCGUCAUCACCGAGGUCCACCUCCGGAGGGAGAACAUUCAGUUCAUCUUCAUCCGCUUUAGCGCUUGGCAAUACGCCGGCAGCGACAAACUGUGGGCAGGGCUGGUCACCACGCUCUGCCACCCUGCAGCUGUGCUUUUACCAUGUGAUGGGGAAAAGGCCCAUCUUCGCCUCCGGCUUUUGCCAGGAGGAAUGGCUCCUCAACAAGCGGACCUGCCUGGUGUUAGGAGAAGGAUGACGGACAGCCAGAAGUUCAGCAGCCACCUGGGCUUCAUGAGCGAAGUGAAGAAGGAAAUCGAGAUGCUGACCAGCUUCGUGUAUUACAUGGAGAUCUACCAGAGGCGGCGGCUACGCAUCGUCCUGGAAAUCACCAGCCUGGACAUGUGCUACCCGGAGCGGGUGGUCGGGGUGCUGAACGCCAUAAACACUUUGCUCUCCGACACGCACGCCCCCUUCAUUUUCAUCCUGGUGGUGGAUCCCAGCAUCAUUGCCUCGUGCCUGGAGCAAACCAGCUGCAUGAAAGGGAUGGCCGACAACGGGUACCUCUUCCUGAACCACCCCGAGAUGGGCACCAAGUCCAAGCUGCAGCAGCUGCAGGACGCCGUGCAGAGCCGGGAGGACCUGAUGUAUAAGAUCAUCACCCGAAACGUCGAACGGGGUGUCCGGAGCGUGAAGGGGAAAACGAUACAGCUGGUCGAGAUGGAGUCGCCUGGUGAGCUGGACCAAAGCCAAAUCGACGCCCAAGCCGUGAGGUACAUUCACGAAGCCUUUUAUUCCCUCCACGACGCUGCCGAUUGUCUCCACAAAUACAUCCCCGACAGCAUUAUCCAAAUGAGGAGGAUCGUCAACACAGUCCCCAUCACCAUCCGGCUCCUGCUGCAGCAGAACGUUAUGAGACAUACCAUGUCUGCCAGGGCCGUGGCUGCCUGGGUGGUCCUGGCGAACCAGUGGCCCUGCCGCUUGAGCUGGGUGUUGCAGUGUCUUGAGGACCGGCAGCAGAUGCGGCCAUGGGAGGAGGAGUUCAGGAAUCGACUCCUGUGGGGAAUCUUUGUGGAAAACUGCAGAGAGCUAUACUCCAUGCACAAAGACCUCCAGAACAUCCUCGCCUUGGACGGGGACUCGGAACUCUUCCAGAUGUUCUUGGCUAAGGAUUUCCCGUUCACGGUGCACGAGGCCAACGUCUUUCUAAAGGCCACCAUCAACCUGGACCAUUCCAUCCGGCACAAGCUGGGACUGGUGCGAGGGCUGAAUUCGCUGAACAAGGCCUACGAGACAGGCGGCGCUGCGUCACCCACGCGGUCUGUCCCCGUGUGUAAGGGGGUGCAGUGUUCCCGCGUGGAGGAAUGCAGUUAAACCGCAGGAAAAGACUUGGGUUAUUGACCUUGGAACGGAGGAAAGGAAGACGUUACGGUCUAUAAACCAUGGGGUAGCUCGAGGAAAAGCCGCGUGGUGCUUCUGUGUCUACACCAGCUGGGGGUGAGGCACCGAGAUCACUUCCUGAGAGAAUAAGGAACCUGCUCUCCAGCCUUAAUUAACAGCCAGCUGGCUUUUAGCUCAUGAUGGAGAGCAGGGCGGUUUGGGCGAGACCGUGGGUGGGAUCCGUUGAACGUGGCCUCCCCUGAGAACACGCUCCAUGCCGGCGCGGCCUCUCCCAGGGAGCAGACGGGCUGGCUGGAACAGACGGGUCCAGGGGGUCAGCAUUUCUA